UCAGAGAGGAGCUGGUGUCUUCUUUGGGAGCGUUUACAUCAGCAUCGUGUGAGGAAAAAGAAAACCCCUGCCACCACAGAUGUAGCCAUCCAUUGAGGAAAAUGCACAGGGCAGAUGGAGGGAUGAUAAAAGAGCCAUACUCUUACUGUGGAAAGAGCUCCAACAGCAUUUACAAUGUGCAGUGAUUGAUUUCCACUGUGAACCUCGGCAGUGGGAGCAAAAUCAGGUUUUCCAUCCUUGGAGACCAAAGCAGCAGACAGCUGCAUCAGGAAAUACUCAGAAACAGGGUGCAUUUUAUCAGAUGGCAAUCAUGACAGUAUCCGCCAAUGGACAGGAAUCAUAACAUCUAAACCUCCUGGCCGCCACAACAUCAUCCUCUGGACCACAAUGCAACUUUCGGUCUAAUUUUCAAGCCUCACAGCCUGGCUUUGAAGGAUGGGUGAUGGGCCUGUGACUGAUCCUGCCUGCCUGUGUCAUCCCACCCUUCAAUGGAGCCGCUGUGGAACUCCUCCCACACACCUCCACAGCCCUCAUCCAACAUGUCUGCCUCGUCUCUGCCAGAGGGCUGGGCUCUGUCCCAUUCGCUGGCCAUGCUGGCAAUGCUGCUAAUGGAUCUGCUGGCUGUGGUGGGUAAUGUGGCUGUUAUGGCGGUCAUUGCCAAGGCCCCACAGCUCCACAAGUUUGCCUUCGUUUUCCACCUUUGCGUGGUGGACUUACUGGCAGCCCUGGUGCUGAUGCCGCUCGGCAUGCUCUCAAGCCGAGCCUUCUUUGGGGAGGCUCUGUGCAGGAGCUACCUCUUUCUCAGUGUGUGCCUCGUCAGCGCUGCCAUCCUCUCGAUCUCUGUUAUCAAUGUGGAGCGUUAUUACUACGUCAUCCAUCCCAUGCGCUAUGAAGUGAAGAUGACUAUUGGCCUGGUGGCUUCAGUGCUAGUGGGGAUCUGGGUCAAAGCUCUGGCUAUGUCGGCUCUGCCGCUGGUCGCUUGGUUCCUGCAAGGUGGGAGACCUCCUCUUCUGGAGGGCAGUGUGGUUGGGGGAGGCGGAGGAGCGGUCCCAUCGCCCCCUGCUCAGGGUCACAGGCGCUGCUCUCUGCAUUGGACUGGGGGAGGAUCGAACCGCCUAGCCUUCAUGGUCCUCUUCACGCUGGUGUAUUUCCUGUGCCCACUACUGGUCAUUCUAGUUGUGUACUGCAACAUGUUCAAAGUAGCUCGGGUGGCUGCGAUGCACCACGGACCACUGCCUACCUGGAUGGAUACCCCUCGCCGUCAGCGAUCUGAGUCACUAAGCAGCCGUUCCACAAUGGUAACCAGCUCUGGGACUGGGAGUGGGACUGACAGAGCUACUCCACAGCGCCCCUUCGGGGGAGGAAAGGCUGCAGCAGUGUUGGCAGCAGUAGGUGGGCAAUUCCUUUGCUGCUGGCUGCCUUACUUUACUUUCCAUCUGUACUCGGCGCUGGCUGCCAGCCCACCUGCUACUCUGGCCUCUCUGGAGGAGGUGGUUACCUGGAUUGGCUACUUCUGCUUCACCUCCAACCCCUUCUUCUACGGCUGUCUGAACAGACAGAUCCGUGAAGAGCUAGGCAAGCAUCUGCCCUGUUUGUUUCGCAGAGCAGGGGUUGAAGUUGAGGACAGACUGCCAAGCCGCGAAGGCUCCAUAGAGGAGAAUUUUCUCCAGUUUCUUCAGGGCACCGGCUGUAACCUGGAUCCUCAAAACUCUCGCAGCACUUCCAGUCCUAAGGGGGAGGCCUGCUGCCCUGUAGCUCAGCCCCAGCCAGUGGAGCCAGCACAGCCAAUACCCAUUGAUUUCCGAAUCCCUGGACAAAUAGCAGAAGAAACUUCAGAGUUUAUUGAGAUUGAGCAGGUGAAAAACAACCAUAUACAUACAGACAACUGAGUUUUGAUUGUAUUUAUAUUCUGAAAACACAUCUGAAGAUAUAAAGUCUUUCAGGAAGUUUUUCAUUCACUCAUGAUAAAACUGUCUACCAGGCAGCUCAGCUCAUAGGACUUUAAACUGCAUCUUUAAAUCAUUGCACUUUGCUCCAUCAGGUUUUCAUCUUAAAAGAAAAAAAAAGUUAGAAGCAGUUAGAAUGCACUUGAAGUCAUUGCAUGUGAAAACAGAAGCUGCCACUACAUCUAAAAAAAUAAAUGGAUGGGAUUUAGCUGAAACACUCUGCUCAGUAAAUGACUCAUACUGAUUUAAUUUACCAUCUUUUUAAGUGUAAAACAAAAGCUUAAUUAGGAGGUUUGAUGCUAUGUCAGGACCUGAUCAAUUUACUGACUUAAAUGGCUCCUGAGUGUCCCUUUUAAUAUGAUAUUACAGUAAUAAUGCUGGCUUUCUCACAAAUAAUUGUGUUAUUGUGCCAUUACAUUUUGCUCCUGGAGAAACUGCCUUUAGCACCACAGACCAACUUUUUGAUAUCCAAAACUCUCGCAAGUCACUCGUAAUGUCAAAGACGGCAGCAAUAAAAUGCACAAAAUUGUAAGUGUUGAUUUGUUGACUGAAUUUCAUCAGUAGACAGUGCCAUUGCUAUGCUUAAUCCAGUCUACAUUAGAUGAGGAGGUGUGCAUAUUGUGGCCUAAUCUCUCAUGGAAUUGCCAAAAGCUAUUUACAGAAUCAAACGUUUUUUUCAAACACAUCUUUCUUUAAUGAUCAAAAAAGCAGGUCAGGUCUGAUUUGACUCAGCUUAUAACUCAUCUUUAGGCCUCCAAGCUUUCUACCAUGUAGUGAAUUUAUCAGUGUAUUUAGUUAUUAUAAAUCUAAAAAAAACAGUAUUGUUUUGAUGCAGUGCAUCAAAUUCACAUGAAUAUAUUCCUUACGUUGCUUAAUGUAGACCGUAUGUUAUGUUUAGUAAAACUGUAUUUUUGGGUUGUGUAUGCCACUCAGUGCGUGCAUUUUUCAUUCUUAUCUGUGGUAGUGAGCAUUUGUUAUAAACUUCGUGAGAAGGAGGCUGAUGUUUUACAAGUAUGCAGUAACUGCCUUUACGCGUCUUUCAGCUUUGGAGAUUUUUUAUUCUGAAAGAGAGUACGUUUAGUUUACCUUGACAGCUCUGCUCAUCAGGGUUAUUUUCAGUACCUCAGUGCAGGAAAUGCUAUUCUUUUAUAGUCAUGUGUGUACUUUCAGGUAUGAUUUCUGCACACUAACAUUUAAGGAGGCUAAAGUAGAGAGACUCUGUUUAGGUUUUAUUAGAAUUACGGGUGCAGACUUUAUGUUUUCAGUUUGACAACAUGUUCGAGUGGUAUUUUAUAGCAAACUGUAAAGAAUACAAUAUAUAUGAUAAAGUAUCAGUGGACAUUACUGACACAAAGCGUUUUUCUUAUGUAUCAUGGAAACAGGGUUUUUAAGGUACUUUUCUCAGAGGGACUUUUAGUGACAAUACCAAUCAAAAAUCAAUGUCUUGCUGAGCUCAACACUUUCUUCUCAUCAUGUCUGUAUAUCCCAAACUGUGAAUGAUGUUGAACAUUUGUGUUAGCACUUGCAUUUGUUCAGAGAUCAUUUUUAAUGCUGUGAUUAAAACAAAGAAUGACUUCCAUUGUACCUGCAACGAUAUGAAUGUGUUUAGAAAAAAA